ACGAGCAGCGUCUGAUUACAGCCUGAGAAGACAGCCACGAUUGUGGAGGGAGGACGCCUCGCUAUCGAACUCUAAAGUGCGUCCGUAAACUUUAGAGGUAAGCACACAUGGUUUCAUCUCAGCCGCAGAAAUACUAGUUGAGUGUUUUACCAACACGGACCUUGCUAACAAGCACCUUAACCCCGGGCAUUAUUGACGUAAUAAUGGCGGAGUGGAGUAAAACUUGGAAGAUGUUGAAAUGAAGACUUAACUUUGGAGCAAGACUUCGCUUUUAACAUCUGAUUGUUCAAGCGUUCAACCCGGGAGGGAGGCACCUCGGCGCCCAGGUGGAGUUUUACCUCUGGGUUGUUCCUCCAGCACGGAGCGAUCGAAACAGGUUCAACCCGAGCCGCCACCAUUCCGUGCUGUAAGGCCGACCGUAAAAUGUCUUCCGACGGAGACCUGAGUAACCUUGGAAGCUGUGGUAGCUUCUGGGAGCCAGGAAACUACAAGAGAACGGUGAAGCGGGUUGACGAUGGCCACCGACUAUGUAAUGAGUUAGUCAGCUGCUUCCAGGAACGUGCUAAGAUCGAGAAAAGCUAUGCUGUGCAGCUGAGCGACUGGGCCAAGAGGUGGAGAAGUGUGGUCGAGAAAGGGCCUCAGUAUGGUACCUUGGAGAAGGCGUGGCAUGCAUUCAUGCAGGCAGCCGAUCGGCUCUGCGAGCUGCAUCAAGAACUGCGUGACCGGCUGGCGGGAGAAGACAGUGAGAAGGUGCGAAAUUGGCAGAAAGAAGCCUUCCACAAGCAGAUGAUGGGAAGUUUCAGGGAGACCAAGGAGGCUGACGAUGGCUUCCGCAAAGCCCAGAAACCGUGGGUCCGCAAAUUAAAAGAGUUGGAGUCAAGUAAGAAGAGCUACCACCAUGCCAGGAAGGAGGAGUGGACAGCCAUUAAUAGGGAAACGCACGCUAAGGCUGACCCAUCCAAGUCUCAAGAGGAAGUCCGCAAAUACACGACCCGGGUGGAGCGCUGCAACCAGGAGGCUGAAAAAGCAAAGGAGCGUUAUGAAAAGGCCCUGGAAGAACUGAACCGCUGUAACCCUCGUUACAUGGAGGACAUGGAACAGGUGUUUGACCUCACCCAGGAAGCUGAGCGCAAGAGGCUGUUCUUCUUUAAAGAGGUCUUGCUGGACGUUCAUACACACCUUGACCUGUCCAGCAAAGAAGGUUUCAGACAGCUGUACCAGGACCUGGGUCAGACCAUCCGAGCAGCUAAUGAGGCAGAAGAUCUGCGAUGGUGGCGGAACACCCACGGGCCAGGCAUGAGCAUGAACUGGCCCCAGUAUGAGGAGUGGACUCCAGAGACGGGUCGGCCAAUCAGCAGGAAGGAGCGAGGUGGACAAUCCGACGACAAUGUAGUCACCCUCACCAACAUCGUCACCUCAGGGGGAGAUAACAUCCCACCCAGCCCCAUCACCCAAAAUGCCACCAGGGUUGCAAAAGACUACUCGUCAGACUGGUCAGAUGAGGAUAACCCGAAGAAGGUGGCCGUGAACGGUGUUGGAGAAGCGGAGGCCAAAGAGGAGCAGGUAGAGGGGGUGCGAGUCCGAGCGCUCUAUGAUUACGCGGGUCAGGAGGGUGAUGAGCUCAGCUUCAAAGCAGGAGAGGAGCUGCUGAAGCUGGGUGAGGAAGAUGAGCAGGGCUGGUGUAAAGGACAGCUGAGCAGCGGCCAGGUGGGCCUCUAUCCCGCCAACUACGUCCAGCUCACAGAUUCCUGAUGACCCGCCCCCUCUUCACCUCGCCAAUGGUACAGCUUACACUCAAGGAGUUACUGACCAAUACUCAAUCAUUGAGUUUGUUUUUCUCCAUUUUUAAGUUCAGCACAUUUCACAAUAAGCGAACACUGAGGGGGAAAUUUGUGGGUAACUGGCUUUUUUAACACAAAUCACCAAGCCAUGUGUAACCGGCGCAAACUGUGAACCCUUCCCUUCCCUUCCAUUUUCACUUACGGUUAUUUGGUCCACGUUUCAUUAAUAAAAAAAAAAAUAUUUAGGAAAUAAUUGCUGUAAAAUAAUCGCAAGUUACAUGUUCCCUCUCUCCGCUUGGUGUGGUCAACGUGAUGCUAGGGGUGCCAAGCUAAGCUAUCCUGCAUAGUUUUAUGAAAUGCUCCAAUAUACUCCUUAUUAUUCCUUAAAUGAGCUCAUGUGUGUAUAUAUAUGUAUAAAACCAAAGAAGUAUUUUAGGUGAAGUUUGUGAAUUCACCAAUAGAGUUCUUUAUUUUCUCUUUAUUUCUUUACCCGGUGGCCGAAAAUGGAACUGCAUGUACUGUAGAUCAUCAUGACAGAACUGCUUUGCAGCGCCGCCCUGCUGUCUGACUGAGGGAUUGCGCCAUCAGCCGGGUGAUGGCACACUAAUGGUGUCAUAUGACCCCAGCAGAUGGUUUUUUUUUUCUCCAAAAAAAUUUUAUUUUCAGUGCAAGCAGGAUGUUUGUUUUUAUUCGCUUCAUAUUUAAUUCAUCUGCUGUGUGAAUCCCUUUUUCUUUUAUAUGUGAUAGCUUUAUGAGGCUAGUAAUUAUUAUCAUUAUUAUUUUAGUCUUGUAUAAUUAUGCUUUCAGAUUUUCCUGUUAAAUUUAGCAAUGCUGGGGACUAGAAAUGAGAGCAUGGAGCACACAUGCUUCAGAGAAAUAUCUUUGUGUUUGAGGUUUUGCAUGUUUUAAGUUCAUGAGGGAGCUCCUUCUCUAGCUUGAACUCUACUUCCUGCGCUCCUUUUUUGACUCUUUCCUUUAUCUUCCCCAACUUGUCAUCUGUGCAGCACAUAAAGUUGUGACUUCCACUAUCUUUGUGUCGCGCAGCAUCAUUACUUACACUUACCUCACUCAACUGAUAACAUGUGAACCACACAAUGGAGCCGCACCACACGCACCGUGCGGGCAUUACAACAGACUCUUACACGCAAAUAUACAUGCAAAAGAAUGCAAACAUUUUUACUCAUUUAUAACCCGCAAGGCACCUUCCCCAACAGAAAGUUACCCUGCAUGCUUUGCGGGUUAUGAAUGAGUAUAAAAUAACAUUGUUUUGCAUGCAUAUUAGUGUAAGUGUCUACUUCCAUGCCCGCAUAAUCCGUGGGGUGUAGUUACUUAUGUUAUGUUUGGUUGCAUCGUGAGCGAGGUCACCAUGAGGUUUGAUGACCUCCUGCCGGUCUGUGUUGUGUGAGCAUGAGCAUAAAUGUCGGGCUAAAUGUACAGUAGCGCCAUAGACGUAACCCAGGCUUGAUGACCGUGUCAAAAAGAAACAUUUUUGUCAUUCGCAGGACAUAUACUGUUUAUACGAAUUCAUGCAUUCACGCUCACAUUUGCACCUGUGGACAUUUUAGAGACUGAAGAACCUAACAUGCAUUUUAAUAACACAACUGCUGAUGCUUCAGAUACUUAAUGAACCUUAAGGAAUGUGCCAGUCAUGAAUGAGUUGUUCAAAACUUUUUUUUUUUUUACUGAACUGGGUCUCGUCUCCGCUAACUCAGUGAUUGACUCACCCACACCGCGCUAGCUAAAUUAAAAAAGGAACCCAGUUAACAUGCGUUAGCCACCUGUGGAAAAAGCCUCAGAUCAUCUCCUCUACCCGCUUCCUGCCCAAGCAGCGUCACAGGAUCGACAAAACCAGCAGGGUGCUUGACGGAGACUCGCAUUUCACUGACUCACAUGCGUGACGAAGACUGGAGUUUCACUGACUCACUGGUGCUCGACGAAGACUCAACUUUCACUUUCUCACAGGUUGACAAGACUUGAGUUUCACAGACUCGGACUGGUGUCUCAGUGGCUCACGUGUGCUGGACCGAGACUUGAGUUUCACUGACUCAUGGGUCGACAAGACUCGAGUUCCACUGACUCACAGGUUGACAAGACUCGAUUUUCACUGACUCACACGUGCGACGUAGACUUGCAUUUCACUGACUCGGGUGUGCUCGAUGAAGACUCGAGUUUCACAGACUCACAGGUGCUCUCCGAAGACUGGAGUUUCACUGACUCCUGUGACUCAAUGACUCGAAUUGAGUAUUACUGACUCAUGGGUUGACAAACUCGAGUUUCACUAACACGUGUGUGCUCGAUGAAGACUCGAGUUUCACUUACUCACAGUUUGCCAAGACUUCACAGACUUGUGUGUGCUUGACAAAGACUCUGACUGGAGUUUCAGUGACUCACGUGUGCUCACUGACUUGAAUUACUGACUCAUGGGCUGACAAGACUCGAGUUUCAUUGACUCACGGCUUGACAAAAUUCAAGGUUCACUGACUCAUGGGUUAAGACUAGAGUUUCAUUGACUCCCGUGUGCUCGACGAAGACUCGAGUUUCACUGACUCGUGGGUCAAGCAGACUCGAGUUUCACUGACUUACUGGUUGACAAGAUUCAGGUUUCACUGACUUGUGUGUGCUCAAUGAAGACUUGAGUUUCACUAAGUCACAGGGGCUUGACGAAGACUUGCCUGUCACCGACUCACACGUGUGCAACGUAGGCUCUAGUUUCACUGAUUCAUGGGUUAACAUGGUUCGAGUUUUAUAAACUCACACAUGCGGCGAAGACUUGCAUUUCACCGACUCGUGUGUGCUCGACGAAGACUCGAGUUUCUCGGACUCGCCGGUGCUCUACGAAGACUAAAGUUUCACUGACUCCUGCGUGCUUGAAGACUCGAGUAAUACUGAGUCGCGGGUUGACGAGAUUCGAGUUUCACCGACUCAUGGGUUAAGACUAGAGUUUCACUGACUCCCGUGUGCGUGAUGAAGACUCGUGUUUCACUGACUCACGGGUACAACUUGUUGCACAUGUGUGAGUGAUUCCAGUAAAUCGAAUCAGUGAUUCGCACAUCAUACUUUUAAAAGCAUCUUUUUAAGCAUCGGGUAAGUGAUAGCUGUAAAUGCUGCAUUAAAGUGCUUGUGAAUUGCAUGAAAAUUUGUUUGUUUUUUUUCUUUGAAAAGAAAUUUGUGAGCGACAGAGGCAAACUUAGGAAAAUGUGCAGACAUUUUUAUUAAAUUAACAUUUUUAUCUGUACAGCAAAAUAAAAUGUCACAAUAAUUCUGUUCCAUCUUCAUAUUCCAUGUUACAACCUGAAAACAAGAUGCGUUGCAUACUUGCAUAUAAAUAGAGAAUGGGUAUUUUUACUUUGAUUCUUGGACUUAUUCAGACUCAUGUAAAAUCACACAAAGGAAAUCGUACAAAAAAAAAGUGUGCCGUCUGUUUGCAUCUUCAGUUGUAGUGUUUGCAGUUUCUUUCCACCCGAGUGUGAAGGCCUUGAGGGAGGGCGCACACCAGGGGGGCGGGGGCGAUGGCGAGGUUAGCCAAUCUCUUCCUCCUCUUUGCUGGAGGCUUCACGCUACAUUAGCUGUUGCUAACGCAGCAACACAGCAAGGGCGACGACAACUUUACAUAGCUGCCAUCUUCAAAAAUAAACAUCUAUACCACUUAACCUGCUCAAGGCCACGGGCUGGAGCCUACCCCAGCCCACUCUGGUGGAGAAGCACACUAGUCUAUCACAGCACUGAGUGGGAAUAGAGGAGGUCAGCUUUGUGAAUCACGAGCCAAAAGUCAUCGGUUAUGCGGUUGAAGCCAGAGUGCUUGUGGAGCACACAACUAUGGUGCAUUUGAGGACCGCCAAAGAAUGUGAAAUCUCAAUGCCUGAUCAAAAAACAUUAUCAGUGAAGCUCAGAGACAUAAACAUGUAAAAAUGGUGUUUUUUUUCUAAAACACUGGUACAUGUAUACUGUACAUUUUACCUGUAUUAUCACGUAUUCAUAAAUUAUAGUGAAUGAGAUGUGUUUUCUGUGGGAAAAAAAAACAGCCUAUUUUCGGAGGAAAAAACUGCAUUUAAAGGAAGAACAGCCUACAUCUCAGCUUUCUGUUAUCAAAUGAAAUACUAAAAAUAUUAUAUUGAAUUAAGCCGGCGGUGUCCAAAGUGCGGCAUGGGGGCCAUUUGCAGCCCACAGCUGUUUUUUUGGCACAUUCAAAGACUCAUUUAAAAAGAAAACUACAAAAAAAAAACAGCAAAAAUGGAAAAAUCAGUAGUAAUUUUACAAUAGUGAAAAUAUUGAGAGAAAUAAUUGGAAUCUAAUUGGCAAAAAGUCUUAUGAGAAUAACGUAAUGAGGAAAAAUCAUUCUUGUCGUUUUAGUAGUAUAAAGGUUAUAUUUUAAAGAAAAAACAUUUUAAAGUCAUAAUAUGAAAAAUAAAAAUAAAGUUGUAAUUUUUGGAACAUUAGUUUGCAGAAAAAAGUCACAAGAAUAAAGUCAAACUAUUAUGGAAGUACAGUCAUAAUUACGAGAAUAAAAUAGCAAUUUUACAAGAAUAAACUUGUAAUAUGAGGAAAAAUCAUUUUAGUGGCAGAGUUAAAAUAUUAACGAAAAAAAAUAUUUUUAUGUCGUAAUAUUAUGAUAAACAAAAUGAAAUAAAGUUGGAAUUUUAGGAAAAUUAGGUUGGGGGAAAAAGUUAUAAUAUUAUGGGAAUAAAGUCAUAAGAGAAGAAAAUUUUGAAGAAAGUCAAAAUAGUUGGAUUCAUAUUAUGAAAAGAAAAUUGACAGAAAUUAUUUAAAAAGAAAGUUGAAAUAAAAAAAAACCUGCAAAAAUGUGAAAAAAGAGCAAAGAUAAAAGUUGAUAUUAAUGUUUUUUCACCGAUAUCACAAAGCUGAGAUGCAGUUUUUUCUUGAAAUAUACAGUAUAGAACUUCUUAGCAUAUCUACAUGUGUACAAAAUAUCCAAGUGGCAAAUUUGCAUCCUUUCAUUUUUCACAAUGUGGCCCUCGCUGGAAAAAGUUUGGACUCUCCUGAAUGAAGCCAUACUGUUGAGGCCAUGGGGCUAUAAAAAACGAGUGGCGUCUUCGAGCAACAGGCUUGUUGGAGUGGACAAAAAUAUGCGUAACGAGUCUCAAUGCCCCCGAAAAGUUGGAGCUUGCACUCCGGUCACCUGUUGUAAACGCCACCUGCACUCAGUGAUGACUUGAUACUGCAUCCUUUGGCUUCACGAGCACAAAUCCCAUCAGCAACAAUGAUAGAACAAUAAAAAAAUGGCAUAGAUAUACAAAAUUUGAACAGAUACGUAAUGCAAAGAGAACACUGGUGGUCAUGGCAAGCAGGUUGAUCUUCCUGUACAAGCGGGAAAAAGUUUGCCUCGUUGUUUGAAACUGCUGCUUGUGCGUUUCAGGAAGUCUCUUGGAAAAAAAAAAAAAGAUCUCUUGAGGAUCUCUGCAUGCUCCAAGUUUCUUAAAUAUGACUAAAAACAGGAGGUUGGGAGGGGGAGCAGUUCUCAGUCAAGCCUGAAAGUGCCGAUUUGACACUUUUCAUGUCCCACGCCAAAUAAUGUUCUCCGGAGGGGGGAAAGAAGCGACUGAAGAAAUGCUUUGAUUUGGCGUCUGGCGGAAUUUGACCACAAAGCUGAAAGUUUGACGGACUGGAAGCGGAGAAAGGGAGGAAGGGGAAGGGCGGCGGGUGAACUCUACCGGUCCUUCAGUUCUCUGGUCACAUGCUUGGUGAUGCGACCGCACAGCAGCCCCACCAGGAAGAGGAUGCACAUGCUCAGUGCGAUCAUGAGCAGGAUGUAGUUCUUGGAGGGCGACGUCAUCACCUGCACCGCCAGGUCUGAGAAGCCCUCUGCUGGCGCCACCUACAGCACGCACAAGCACAGUCAUGUUAUUGUCUGAUAUGAUAUCCAUAGUAUCGAUACCAAGGGUGGUGUCAAUAUCAGAUGAUAAUGGCGUGGUGAGAUCGAUAUUUUCAAAAUCGCGGUUAACCGGUUCCGGAUCCGACCGUGAUGAGUGAAUUUCUGUGUUUAGUAUGUAGUCGUUAUAUAUAAAUGGAAUAUUUUUGUAGUUGGAGCAUAAAAAAACUUGUUCACAACCCUCUAAUAUUGUUUUUUAACAUUGUUAGAGCCCUCUAAACAUGAAAAAACACCCAUACAGCCACCUUUGCACUCCAAUUAGCCAAUAUCGACAUAAUAAUAGAAAAUAAGAUAUAAAUAAGACUCAUGCUCGUGUGUGUUGCUGUAAAUGCGUCCUGGUGCUAGGGGAACUGAGCGGGGGGGUGGACAGGAAGUGACGUUGGGGGUUCACAGUUGAGUUUUUUUAGCCUGGCAUGGGUUAUGGACGCAACAGUAGCCCGUUUUAGGGAUCAUUGAAAGCUGUUGUUGACUGUUGACUAAUGAAAGUUGUUGACUGUUGUUCCAGCAAUCCAGUUCUGGCAUUUGUGCGUCUCACCGAACAUUACAGUAACAUUACUGACACCUAGUGACCAGUGUAGAAUACUACCUGUCAUUCUGAGAACCUUUGAAUGUGUCAUUUAGCCAUUUUUAUGCUUGAAAAUGCGUAAUUUAGGCAAAAAAAAAAGCGUAAAAUUAGCGUGAUUUAUUAGUUCAUAUGAAUUUGAAUUGAGUGAAGCCAUGAAUUUCAAAGUGUGAAUUGGUGAGGGAUUACUGUAUAGGCAAUACUAGACCUGCACAUUUGCAAUUCAGCGUUCAAGACUCCGCAAAUUUGCCGAUUUAUACAAAAAAAAAAAAUGUUUCUACAAACAUUUUCUCUCAGAAAAAAGUCCGUUUUGUCCCGCAGAAAACGCAUCUCGUUCACCGCAAGUUGGUAAUCAUUUGUAAACAAGUGAUAACACAGCUAACAUGUACCACUGUCAAAAAAGCCCACCAUUUUUACAUAUUUAUUUCUGUCUUUAUGCCUCACUGAUCAUGUUUUUUUCCACUAUGCGUUGCGAUUUCGCACUUUGUUUAGCGGUCCUUGAACACACCAUUAUAUGUGCUGUGAUACACAAAAGUUUUUUGUUGUAGUGGUGAGUAGCUAUACAGUACAUUUGAUACUUCAAAUGUAUUUAAUAAGUGUGUGAGGCACGAGUCAACAAUGGUAAUCGAAGAGAGAAGGGGAGGGUUGUGGAGCUGAAUCUCUAAUCUCAUCAUUACAACAGGCACGUUUAUUCCAAAUGAUCCGAAAUCGUCGGAGAACGUCUCACAAAUAGGCAUUUUUAUGACAGCAUCAAUUAACUGCAUUUACUUGGUAUCGGGUGGAUACCAGAAUUUGCAGUAUCGCCCAUAGAUCCCAGCCUUUUAACUGUCGUGGGCAAGUGGACUGGAAGUGACGAGUCAUAACAAGAAACAAGAACGAGAACAAGAACGGUACAGACAGCACGAACGCACAGUAAGAAAAAUGGUGAAAAAUGGGAACAUGCGACUGAAAUAAAACAUGCCCCAUAAAAAAAGAUACAUUAAUCAUCAUGAAAAGAGUAAAAUACUGCUUCCUGGUUGUUACCUUCGCAGCGUAGCUCCACAUGUCGAUGCGAUCCUGGAGUCUUUUCUUACACUCAGGCUGCAGGCGAACUCUCUUGUCCUGUAACGCCUCCAUCAGACACGACAUCUCUGCAUCGUGAGACACACCACACCAUAACAUGUACAUUUUUCACACACAUUGGAGGGUUUUCCAGCAUGAAGCGCCUUUUUAAGGUCAUGCCGCAGCAUCUCAAUAGGAUUCAGGUCAGGACUUUGACUAGACCACUCCAGUCUUCAUUUUGUUUUUCUUCAGCCAUUCAGAGGUGGACUUGCUGGUGUGUUUUGGAUCAUUGUCCUGCUGCAGAACCCAAGUUGGUUUCAGCUUGAGGUCACCAACAGAAGGCCGGACAUUCUCUUUUAGGAUAGACAGCAGAACGCAUGGAAUGCAAGUCUUCCAGGUCCUGAAGCAGCAAAACAGCCCCAGAUCAUCACACUACCACCACCAUAUUUUACUGUUGCUAUGAUGUUCUUUUUCUGAAAUGUGGGGUUACUUUUACGCCAGAUGUAAUGGGACACACACCUUCAAAAAGUUCAACUUUUGUCUCGUCAGACCACAGAGUAUUUUCCCAAAGGUCUUGGGGAUCAUCAAGAUGUUUUCUGGCAAAUUGAGAUGAGCCUUAAUGUUCUUUUUGUUCAGCAGUGGUUUUGGUCUUGGAACUCCAUCAGACAGGCGUUUUUUGCCCAGUGUCUUUCUUAUGGUGGAGUCAUGAACACUGACUGAGGCAAGUCAGGCCUGCAGUUCUUUGGAUGUUGUUGUGGGGUCUUUUGUGACCUCUUGGCUGAGUCGUCGCUGCGCUCUUGGGGUCAUUUUGGUUGGCUGGCCACUCCUGGGACGGUUCACCACUGUUCCAUGUUUUCGCUGUUUGUGGACAACGGCUCUCACUGUGGUUAGCUAGAGUCCCAAAGCUUUAGAAACAGCUUUAUAACCUUUUUCAGACUGAUAGAUCUCAAUGAAGUUAUUUUUUAACGGGGUGGGGGGACCAUGUAGGUUUGGAUUUUUUUUUCUCCUUUUUAAAAAUAAAAAGUUUGAUUUAAAAACUUAAUUUUGUGUUGAGUUGUGGUGUCAUCACUCUUAUUUACAUUUGUUUGAUGAUCUGAAACAUUUAAGUGUGCAAAAAAAAUAAGAAAUCAGGAAGGGGGCAAACACUUUCACACCACUGUGUGUGUGUGUGUGUGUGUGUGUGUGUGUGUGUGUGUGUGUGGGUGUGUGGGUGUGUGUGUGUGUGUGUGUGUGUGUGUGUAUAUAUAUUCAGUCGCACCGGACUGAAAAAAGUGCGACUUAUACUCUGGAAAAUAGGGUAUUGUACAUAAGAAGCCAAAUGAUUGUGUGAAAGCACCCACGUCUUCCUCUGCCGGGUGUAAUAGCAGCACAGUGAUGUUUCAGGUCCAGGGCACAGGCUGUGUGGAGGACCGGGUCUACAAAGAUGUCUGCUUUACUCUCCUUCAGCAUGUUCAGCACUUCCUGCAGACAAGAACAAGCAGCAAUUUUAUCAUUUUUCAGAUGUUCUUGAUGGAAAUACGAUGUGUGUCACUUGUGAUGUGUGAUGUGAUGUGAUGUCCACAACAACAUUCAAACAAUUUCUGCCCUCCAUGAAGAAACUCAUGGCUCAUUUGGAUCAGCCUCCCUGGGAAAGUCUAUUCCAGAGUGCUGGAGGGAACCUCGAACCUCAGCUACAGGAGGUGCAAUGUGGUUUUCGUCCUGGUCAUGGAACACUGCACCAGCUCUACACAAUUGCAGGGGUACUGGAGGGUGGAUUGGAGUUUGCCCAACCGGUCCACUUGUGCUUUGUAGACUGGGAAAAGGCAUUCGACCGUGUCCUUGAGGUGUCCUGUGGGGGGUGUACCGGGAGUACGGGCUUGGUGGCACGCUACUACAUGCACGCUGCUACGUGCUAUUCGUGCAUUGGCAGCAGUAAGUCCCUACUGAGACUGCUGCCCCCACCACCCAUACCCCCAAAAAAUGGAUGGGUGGAUGGAUGGAUAUCAUUUUAUGGCUUCUACUUGGUGGCUUUAUGAAGCUGUGGCAGCGUCUGGGAAGGGUAUAUAAAGUAUCCUGCAAGCUUCACUUUUGCUUUGCAACACACAACUAUGGUGCGUUCAAGGACACCCGAACAAAGUGCAAAAUCUCAACAGUUGACGAAAAAGCAUCAGUAAAGCAUGGAGACAUAAACAUGUACAAAUUGUGGUCUUUUUUUUUUUUUACAGUGAUACAUGUAUACUGUACAUGUUACCUGUAUUAUCACUGAUUUAUAAAUUAUUAUGGACUUAUAAUAAAUGAUCUGCAGGGAAAAAACGGCCUAUUUUCAUAGCAGAAAAAAAAAUCCAAUAAUAUAUCACAUUUCUUAUUUGAUAUCUUUGUCUCAACCAAAAUAAUGAUCUCUAAAAACAUCAAGCUGUUGGCUCUCAAAUGGCUGUGAAGAGAAAGUCAUAUUAAAGGAUACACAAGUAUACCUUUUUGCAGGCGUCCUGUUUGAUCUUGAGCAGGUUCACUUUCAGACAUUCUUCUACCUGACCAGUCUGCUCCUGAGCGGCUGCCUCCUCCGCACACAGCCUGGAGAUCUGGAGGAGAAAGUGCAAUGGCGAGGGGAGGACAUUUUGCCGUUGACAUUUCUGCAACAUGCAUACCUCGUCUGAGCAAUGCAUCUGCAGCUGCGGGUCCAGCCUGUAGUCCAGCGCAGACUCCUGGAGAAUCACUCGGAUCUGGUCCUCACAGUCUGGAGACAAUCUCUGACGUUGAAGGUGAGAUUUAAGAAAGUGAUGUCCUCGGUUACCAUAUGGACUCGGUCUCUGAUGAUUGGACUGACCUGAUCGGCAUAUUUGAGCUUGAGGCAGGCGAUCACCUGACCCUCCAGCUCGCUGUCCUCACUCCCUUUGUUCAGGAUAGACUGGCAGAACUUGGGAAUAUCCGCUCUGCAAGAUUUCCUCAACACUGGGUUCAACCUGUAGUCUGUUGAGGGUGAGGAUACAUGGCAGACUGCUUUUAUCGACAUAAACGGGCACACACUGACCUCCUGUUCAGUGCAAAACAGGGAUGUCCGAUAACGGCCAACCGUUAUCUCUUCAAGGGCUGCAAAGGUACAUGGUUUUACCGUUCGGUUCGCCCUGCAUGGGGCAAUCCACCUUAUGGAUUGGCGGUUUUGCGAUACAUUUUGCACGUCAAGGUGCAGUGCACCUGUUUUUAAACACUUCACCUCUGUAAAGGGACAAAGAUGAGUGCAUAAGAUGAAUGCAGCGUGUUGCCAUUGUUCAGCAGAGAUGAGAACGCUGCACUUGAGGAAAGGAGCUUUACAAAAAAAUAAUCAUCAAACACUUACUGUGGCACUUGCACCUUCCUAAAAUGAAACGCUCUAAACCAGGGGGGUCUAAACUGCAGCGCAGGGGACAUUUUAGCCUGCAGCUUGUUCUAUGUUAUAUCUAAUGAGAUAUAUUAAUAGAUACUACACUCAUUUGCUUUGUCACUUACAACACGAAGCUUAUAUAGCUUACAGUAUGGUAUAAUACUGAUCUACAUUAUAUUGCUUAUGGCAGGGGUGCCCAUUACGCCGAUCGCGAGCUACCGUUCCAUCGUGAAGAUAGUUCGGGUCGAUCGCAUGAACGUCACUUCAUAAGUGUCAUAUGACAUCAGUCAGCCGGCAUUAAGCUCCCCUCCUGAUUCGCUCUUCCUCCCCCGCGGCAAUGGUGAACGUCAUGUCUCAAACUACACACAGAGAUGCAACUUUCAUCAUCUAUAUGUUUUAUAGUCAGAGAUAGAUCAUGUUGACUUAUAGCGUGCACCUCGAUAUUCAUGUACAAUGUAUGCCCUUUCGGCUCAGCUCCCUCUUCACCACAACGGACCGACGCAGAGUCCGCAUCACUGCAGAUGCCGCGACAAUCCGCCUGUCGAUGUUGCGUCGCGUCCAUCCCUCACUCGUGCACAAAACCGAGAGGUGCUUAAACUCCUCUGCUUGGGCACUCCCCCCUUUUCCGAGUGAGCACCAUAAACUGUCUUCCUUUAAUACUUCAGGAAAAACCACUCGGGAGUCACAAACAGCUAGCGUACCUGCAGCAAAAUAAGAUGCGCUUGGGCACAUGCUGAACGGGCCCAGUUUAUAAUUUCUUGUAUUUUAUGUUUCAUACUUUGGACUUGACUUUGUUUUUACACGGAUGUUUAUGCCACAUAAAAAUGUGAAUUAUGAAUGUAUAACCUGUCUUACUUAUUGACAGGAGAACAUGUUAUUUUAGGUGACGAUGGAUCAUGAUUGUUUUAAUGACUAUUUUGUUGAGACAAAAUGUUUGAAAUAAAUAUGGCAUUUUUUCUAUAACUUACACUGCACAUUGCAGUAUCCAUUUUAUUUGUAUGGCAUCACAGUAAAAUAAGUACAGUGUGUUCAUUCAUUACGUGACAUUAGUUGGAGGGAAACCUGCUGCCUACAUCCACAUCGGUUGAUAGCGGAAAUAAAGUGCCAGACGAUAUCGGUAAAUUGGCAAGAACGCCAAUAUCGAGCAUCUCUAGUGCAAAGUACAGUAAGUUUCAGAAUAAAAGCAUGGCAUUCGGAGGUGCUACUGUAGCUUGUCUGCACGUGCACUAGAAGGUGAAGGUGUACCUGUGUUCUGGGUGAUCUGCCUCUUCGUGAUCAUCUGUUUGCACUUUGGAUCCAUCAGCUCGCUGUUCUUGUUCUGCUUCAGACACUGAAGAACAUUUCUGGCAUCGGCUUCAGUGCAGAACCUCUGCAGAAGAGAGUUCCCCAUCUUGUUGAGUUUUUUUUUUUUUUUUUAUAAUACAA